UGGAAGUGCCUAUUCUCGUAGUUGAUAAUGGAGGAUACACUAUCAAGGCUGGAAUCUCGACAAACGCAGAUCCCCAGAUAAUACUUCCAAACACUACGGGAAGGAUUAAGAAAUCGCUGCACGAACUGAUUGGAGAUGAAACAGAGAAUGCUGUCUCUGAUCACUCUCAAAUCAUGUAUCAUCGUCCGAUUGAAAAAGGAUAUAUCGUAAAUUGGGAUUAUCAAUCGAAAAUAUGGCAUGAGCUCUUAAACGCUCAACAUCUAAAUAUGGCAUUGUUCUUUUUGUCGCAAUUUAUCCUAGGAACCGCAAGAUACAAAUCUCUUUCUCUCACAGCCACUCUUCAACAUGGAUGAGCUCCAGAAAGCGACUCUGCAAGUCGUUUUCGAGCACUUCCGAUUCAAUGGCUUCUACUCAUCGUCGGCUCCAUCCUGGACUUUUGCCAAGCACCUUUCCACCCUCGACCCAACCGAUAUCAAUCGUCACACGCGCACUGGAUUAGUGAUUGAAAGCGGCUUUUCGUUCACACACAUCAUCCCAAUCGUCGAUGGCAGUGUGGUAUUGGACGCUGUGCGCCGUGUGAAUGUGGGCGGCAAGCUGCUGACGAAUCUAUUGAAAGAAACGCUUUCGUUUCGGCAGAUGAACGUGCAGGAUUGCUUCUACUUGGUGAAUAAAAUCAAAGAAGCGUACAGCUAUCUAUCGCUCGACGUGCUCCGAGGUCGAGCUUUGCUUUCCGUGCGAUCUAGAUCUCGAAAGCUGCAAGCAGCAUCCCGCACGCUCUAG